UGUUCUGCUGCUGAGUUGAACGGACUGUGUGCAGGUCAGAGGGAGAUGGACAGGUGUGUGGCUCUCAUUCUUCUGUCCUCCACAAUCUCACUCACCAUGGCUGUCAGUCUGAGGUUGGUGGAUGGUGGCAGUCGCUGUGCUGGGAGAGUGGAGGUUCUGCAUAGAGGACAAUGGGGAACAGUGUGUGGUGAUUACUGGGAUAUGACUGAUGCUGCAGUGGUGUGUAGAGAGCUGAACUGUGGAGAGGCUGUAGAUGCACUGAGUGAUGCUCAUUUUGGAUCAGGAUCAGGACCAAUCUGGAGGGAUGACAUAUUCUGUAAUGGAUCAGAGUCUACACUGAAACACUGUAGGUCACAAGGAUGGGGUAAACAUAACUGUGAUCACAAACAACAUGCUGGAGUCAUCUGCUCUGGAGUCAGGCUGGUUGGUGGUUCUCACUGCUCUGGGAGAGUGGAGGUGUUUCAUGGAGAGACCUGGUCCACAGUGUGUGAUGCUGACUUUGACCAGCAGGAUGCAGAGGUUGUGUGUCGAGAGCUGGGCUGUGGGCUUCCUGUGGAGGUGCUGGGAGCAGCUGCUUUUGGCAGAGGGGAGGGUCAGGUGUGGUCAGAGGAGCUUCAGUGUAGAGGCAACGAAUCUCAGAUUCACUUCUGUCCAACAACAUCUUCACUCAAGCACAACUGCUCCCAUGACAAUGAUGUGGGUCUGGUGUGUGCUGACAGUGUGAGGUUGGUGGAUGGUGGCAGUCGCUGUGCUGGGAGAGUAGAGGUUCUUCAUAGAGGACAGUGGGGAACAGUGUGUGAUGAUUACUGGGAUUUGAGAGAUGCUGCAGUGGUGUGUAGAGAGCUGGGCUGUGGAGAGGCUGUAGCUGCACUGAGUAGAGCUCACUUUGGACCAGGAUCAGGACAAAUAUGGAUGGAUAAUGUGGAAUGUAGGAAAUCAAAGUCUAAACUCAAGAAUUGUAAGUCACCAGAAUGGGGUAAACAUAACUGUGGUCAUGAUGAAGAUGCUGGAGUCAUCUGCUCAGCUUCAACAAUUAGUGUCCUCAACAGCCUGAGGUUGGUGGAUGGUGGCAGUCGCUGUGCUGGGAGAGUGGAGGUUCUUCAUGAUGAUCAGUGGGGAACAGUGUGUGGUAAUGACUGGGAUAUGAGUGAUGCAGCAGUGGUGUGUAGAGAGCUGGGCUGUGGAGAGGCUGUAGAUGCACUGAGUAAAGCUCACUUUGGACCAGGAUCAGGACCGAUCUGGUUGGAUAAUGUGGACUGUAGUGAGUCAGAUCAGUCUGAGGUUGGUGGAUGGUGGCAGUCGCUGUGCUGGGAGAGUGGAGGUUCUGCAUAG